AUGCGGUUUUGUGUUGACUACCGCCGCCUGAACGACGUUACGAAGAAGGACAGCUAUCCCUUGCCAAGAAUUGAUGACACGCUGGACAUGCUUACAGGUGUAAAGUGGUUUAGUACGCUGGACCUGAAAAGUGACUACUGGCAGAUUGAAAUUGACCCUAAAGACAAGGAGAAAACUGCAUUCUCCACAGGAAAGGGUCUGUGGCAAUUUAAAUUCAUGCCGUUUGGAUUGUGCAAUGCUUCAGCAACGUUUGAAAGGUUGAUGGAGCUUAUACUUACCGCGUUAAUUGGAGAUGCCUGUCUGGUCUAUUUGGAUGACAUCAUCAUCGUAGGCCGUACGUUUGAGGAACACCUUCAAAACCUGGAACGCGUGCUUAUGACGAUCCAGAGUGCCAAUCUCAAGUUAAGUCCGAAGAAGUGCUCACUAUUCAAACGACAAGUUAGCUUUUUGGGGUAUGUAGUGUCGGAAGAAGGUAUCCGCACGGAUCCAGAGAAAAUUUUCGCUGUCAAGGAUUGGCCGGUUCCAAAAGACAAGACACAGGAGCUCAAGAACCGUCUGUGCAAAACACCUAUUUUGGGGUACCCUGAUGCGGGCAAGGAAUUCAUAAUUGACACAGACGCAAGUGAUAUAGGACUUGGCGGUGUGUUAUCUCAACGGAAUGGUGAUCUAGAGAUUGUGAUAGCGUACUUCAGCAAGUCGAUGUCAAAGCCGGAAAGGAACUAUUGUGUCACAAGACGGGAAUUGCUUGCUGUGGUAAAGUCCUUGCAGCAUUUUAGCAAAUAUCUUCUGGGGCGGAAAUUCCACUUACGAACUGACCAUGCUGCACUGAAAUGGCUAUUGCAGUUCAAAAAUCCGGAAGGACAAGUCGCGAGAUGGAUUGAACUACUGCAGGAAUACGACUUUGUGAUCGAACAUCGCAGCGGGAAAUCUCACGGCAAUGCAGAUGCAUUGUCAAGAAGACCUUGCCCUGAAGAUUGCAAGCAUUGUACUAGGCAAAAGAGUAAGGAAGUGGUAUCUGUGAGGAUGAUCAGGACAGACCAGCUCAGCAAUGAGUGGAAGGACAGCCUACAACAUGCAUAG